GAGAGCUCACUUGUGUUUGUCUUGUUGGGACCGGCCCGUCGGUUAGAGCGGAACCGGAUUCAGCCUGCUGGGAGCUCGCGGACCUGCGGGCCCCGCCCCGGCCCGGCCUGGCAGCAGAGACAGCGGGGCAGGCUGGCCGUGCUGUGCGGGCAUGUGUCGGUAGCCACAUCAGAGGGGAAUGUUACGGUGGACAGUGCACCUGGAGGGCGGGCCCCGCAGGGUGAAUCAUGCAGCAGUGUCUGUGGGGCACCGGGUGUAUUCGUUUGGAGGAUACUGCUCUGGAGAAGACUAUGAGACAUUACGCCAGAUUGAUGUACAUGUCUUCAAUGCAGUGUCUCUUCGUUGGACAAAGCUGCCCCCAAUGCGGUCCAGUGGACAAGCUGGGGAAGUGCCCUACAUGCGUUAUGGACAUUCAGCCGUCCUCAUUGAUGACACUGUCUACCUGUGGGGUGGACGCAAUGACACAGAAGGAGCCUGCAAUGUGCUCUAUGGCUUUGAUAUCAACACCCACAAGUGGUUCACACCCAAGGUUUCUGGAACAGUGCCGGGGGCUCGAGAUGGACAUUCAGCCUGUGUCCUGGGCAAGAACAUGUAUGUCUUCGGGGGUUAUGAGCAACUGGCUGACUGUUUUUCCAAUGAUAUCCAUAAGCUGGAUACCAACAGCAUGACAUGGACCCUCAUUUCUGCAAAGGGCACUCCUGCACGAUGGCGGGACUUUCACUCAGCCACAAUGUUAGGCAACCGCAUGUAUGUUUUUGGGGGUCGAGCUGACCGAUUUGGACCUUUUCACUCCAAUAAUGAGAUCUAUUGUAACCGAAUACGUAUCUUUGACACGAGGGCUGAGGCCUGGUUGGAGUGUCCACCUACCCCACUGUUGCCUGAGGGCCGAAGAAGCCACUCUGCUUUUGGGUAUAAUGGGGAGCUGUACAUAUUUGGCGGCUACAAUGCAAGGUUGAAUCGGCAUUUUCAUGAUCUCUGGAAGUUCAACCCAGUGUCCUUUUCUUGGAAGAAGAUUGAGCCUAAGGGAAAGGGGCCAUGCCCCCGCCGGCGCCAGUGCUGUUGCAUCGUGGGAGACAAGAUUGUCCUCUUUGGAGGCACUAGUCCUUCUCCUGAAGAAGGCCUAGGAGAUGAGUUUGAUCUCAUGGACCACUCCGACCUACACAUUCUAGACUUUAAUCUGGCCGCCAUGUCCUUUGAGGAGCUCUUGGAGCUUCAGCGCCGGGUGGGGACCAAACAGUACCGGCAGCUGACGGGGCAGGUGACGGAGACUCGAUCUGAGGAUCAGUCGCGGAGGGCAGCCCCCACUCGUGAUCACGGGGCCGCAGAGAAGCAAAGGCCUCUGGAAAUGUCUUCGAAGAUUCGAGUGCCGUUUUUGCGGCAGGUCGUUCCUGUCAGAAAGAAGGUGGCCCGGGACCCUCGAUUUGAUGACUUGUCAGAGUACAAUCCUGAAGUGUUUGAGAAGACAUACAGAUUUUUGAAUGAGUAUCGUGCAAAGGAAAAGGAGCUGGUGGCAAAGCAUCUAAAGAAGAGCAAGCCAGGAGAAGAACAGGAAAAGCUGAAGCAACUGCUCCAUAGAAUGGAUCAGCAGGAGGCUGCUCAACAGGAGCAGCAGCGGCAGCAAGAGCAGCGCCUGGCCCUGAAACGGGAACAGAGAGCCCAGGCCCAGCAGGGCCAUAGGCCUUACUUUUUGAAGAAAUCUGAACAGAGGCAGCUGGCACUGGCUGAAAAAUACAAGAAGCUAAAGCGAAGCCAGAAGUUGGAGAGUUUCUUGAGCAGAAAGAGGCGCCGAAAUGCUGGAAAAGACCGAAGAUGGCUUCCCCUGGGCAAGGACUAAAUAAAGGGGCGGGGCUGGUCCUUUCCUGCCCCUUUCCAGCUUGGCCCCUUCCUCACUAGGCAAUGCCUGUGAAGACAGUCUUGGAAUGAACUUAGUGCUUUGUGGUUCUGCUUUUCUACCCUUGGUUGAGUUCUGUAAGCCCUGGGGCAUCAGGAUCUGGGGUUUUGUGGCAGUGGAUAGAUCUGGUCAGCCAAAGUGCUGCUGCUGUCUAGCUGGGGUUUUGGUUAAUCAUUGAGGCAAAAGGAAGAAAAUAUUAAAGACUGAUAGGCUUAGUCUGGCUCCAUAUAGAUUCCUCAGAUCAAACUCGGUUCCCUCUCUUUCCUCAGGGAAGGAAGUACCUUUUCAGGGGGCAACUUUAAUGCAGAAGGAAGAAGUGUGAGGGGUUAUCAGUGAAUAACCUGGAGGCCAGGGUUAAGAGAAGGCUUAGGAAUUCUGUACUUGAUGCUAGAAUACUGUAAACACUUCCAUAAACACUUGAUGAUGA